AUGGCGACAGACUCGAGUGGACCUAGGUUUAAGCUUACUUUAUUCGUGUUUUUCUCUGUGUUGGCGGGGAGGGUGGCCGAGGCAACGGCUUCGGAGUCGAGAGGCGUCACUCGGAUACUCGGCAUGAGGCUCGAGACGAGCAACAUUCCGGCUGAAACCACCGAUACAGGUGUUAUUCAGGUGACCGAGGGCAGCAAUGCCUCCUUCAGGUUCUACGGGCUCCACUUGUUCCCAAACACAUGGGAGCUCAUCAAGUUUACUGAACUACACGUGAGUUAUGAAGAGGGUGACACUGACGAUUUAGUCCACUUAAAUAGGACUUGUUCAGAAUACACCAAGGAUAUAAAAGUGACUGGGCUCAUGCAGGUAAGCAGCCAAAACACGUCCGGAGUGGUUCAACUCAGCUUCAUGAAACUUCGUAAAAACGAAGUAGCCAAAAUGUUCGGCUUGUGCGUCCUCAACGCCCAGGACCAGAAGUGGUACCUGCUGGACGAUAAGGACGGCAGGCUGCUGGUGGUGGAGGAAAAGAAGCCAAUGAUGCCCAUCUGGCUGCAGGUGAUCCUCAUUUCAUUCCUGCUGGUGCUGUCCGGCAUGUUCAGCGGGCUCAACCUGGGGCUGAUGGCGCUGGACCCGAUGGAGCUCCGCAUCGUGCAGAGCUGUGGCACCGACAAGGAGAAGAAGUACGCGCGGAAGAUCGAGCCCAUUCGCAGGAAGGGCAACUACCUGUUGUGCUCACUGCUCCUCGGCAACGUCCUGGUCAACACUACCCUCACCAUCCUCCUGGACGACCUCACCAUGUCUGGGGUCGGUGCUGUGGUCUCAUCCACCAUCGGCAUCGUUAUUUUUGGAGAGAUUGUCCCCCAGGCGCUGUGCUCCCGGCACGGGUUGGCUGUCGGUGCGAACACGAUUCUGCUCACUAAGCUGUUCAUGUUGUUGACUUUCCCUCUGUCCUGGCCCAUCAGCAAGAUCCUCGACUGCGUGCUGGGCCAGGAGAUCGGGACUGUGUACAACCGAGAGAAGCUGGUGGAAAUGUUAAAAGUCACCGAGCCGUAUAAUGAUUUGGUAAAAGAGGAGCUCAACAUGAUCCAAGGCGCGUUGGAGCUCAGGACCAAAACAGUGGAGGAUGUCAUGACCCCACUCAACAACUGCUUCAUGAUCCACAGCGACGCCGUGCUGGACUUCAACACCAUGUCCGAGAUCAUGGAGAGCGGAUACACCAGGAUACCUGUGUAUGAGGACGAGCGCUCCAACAUCGUGGACAUCCUCUAUGUUAAGGAUUUGGCCUUCGUGGAUCCGGAUGACUGCACCACUUUAAAAACCAUCACCAAGUUCUACAACCACCCAGUCCACUUCGUCUUCCACGACACGAAGCUGGACUCCAUGCUGGAGGAGUUCAAGAAAGGAAAAUCCCACCUGGCCAUUGUCCAGAAGGUGAACAACGAGGGGGAGGGAGACCCCUUCUACGAAGUGCUGGGGUUAGUCACCCUUGAAGACGUGAUUGAGGAGAUAAUUAAAUCAGAGAUUCUGGAUGAAUCAGAUCUUUACACUGACAACCGCACCAGGAAAAAAGUGGCGCACAAUAAGAACAAGAGAGACUUCUCUGCCUUCAAACAUGAGAGUGAAUCAAAGGUGAAGAUCUCUCCUCAGCUGCUGCUGGCUGCUCAUCGCUUCCUGGCGACAGAGGUGAGCUUGUUCAGCCAAUCUCAGAUCUCAGACAAGGUGCUUCUGCGAAUCUUACGCCAUCCCGACGUGAUCCAGGAGAUCAAGUUCACUGAAAGCGACAAGCGAUCUCAGCAUCACUACAUCUACCAGAGGGGCAAACCUGUCGACUACUUCAUCCUCAUCCUGCAGGGUCGAGUGGAGGUGGAGGCCGGCAAUGAGAACAUGAAGUUUGAGACCGGACCUUUCUCAUAUUAUGGUGUCAUGGCACUCAGUGCCCCCACGCUAGAGUUUCGUUCACCGUCCCACCUCAGCGGGUUGAACCGAACGGCCUCUCUGAGCGGAGGCGACCGGACCGAGUCCCUCUCCGUCAGCGGCAGCAACAGCCAGCUCAACAACAGCAUCCCCAUGCAGCAGUACACGCCUGACUUCUACGUCAGAGCGCUCACCGACCUGCAGUUUGUCAAGAUCACGCGGGCUCAUUACCAGAAGGGCCUGAUGGCGUCCCGUUUGGACAGCACGCCUCAGUCCCCCGAGAGCAGCCACAACUCGUCUCGCCUGGACCAGACAACUCCCCCUACCAACACCACCCCCAUUACCACCAUCACAGACCUGGUAGUGGACUCCACCCACAUGGAGAACGGCCCGGAUGAGACGACGCUUCUCCUCCUCAACGAGCAGAACUCGCCGCACACGGCCAACAACCACAGCCAGCUGGAGAACAGCAUAUGACCCCCCCCUUGUACCGGUCCGUCGUUUGCACACAAGCACGUCUGCGCUCGGAUUUAUGCUGAGGAGUGGAGGAGGGGGCUUGAGUGUUUGUGUGUGAGUGAACGCACACACAUGUCUUGGCACAGCUGGGAAGACCCGAAGAGACGAGCCAUGUGGAUGCAACAAAACACACUAAACACACACUGCUGAGCCCAAACGUUAAGGACUCACAGAUGAAGUGAAACAAAUAAUGUCUGCAAUAAGUAAGCAAUAACUGACUGGCAGCUGCAAAGAUAACAGCUGGUAACUUAAAUUUACUUCCAGCUGCUUCUCCAUAGGGAAAAAAAUGGCAUCAAAUGAAACCGCAGCAGCAGCCAAAUAUAGUUUAGCUUCCUUAAUAUAAAGUCAGUAUCAGUUUAAACUGAUACUAUAUUUAAAAUAAUUCCCCUUUUCCAGUAUCAGGACAUGUGAUGUUGCAGGUUUACUGCAGCCUCGACUUCAUGUCUAAAUGUCUCUUAGUUCCACAGUUUUGAGUGGGCUCCACCCACUUAUUUACACCACUUUUAUCAAAAGUACUGCUAAAAAUAAUCACCAAAUUUAUUUUCUUGUCAUUACUUUCAAGAAGCAUUGUGCAAGAACCACGAUCCAUCAUUAAAAAACACUUGUCCCGGUGUUUUGGCUCUUCAGUUUUAACACCCAUACCAAAGCAUUUCAUGCCACAGACGCCCCACCCCCCCCACCCACCACCACAAACAGCCCUGCCACACACCCAGCAGUCAUCUGGUUUCUACUGGCGACAGAACAUCAGAAGGACCAGAAGAGCUCCUCCACAUCUCACCCAGCGCUCAGGGGCGAUGUCGAGUUUCUUCCUCUGCUUGUGUGUCGCUUCCAGUUCAGAGACUCAGGGAGACUUCACCCUCAUGCCACCCCCCCCAAUAUCCAUGCAAGCGUGGUUGAAAGCUGUAAACCAAACCCAUCGCCUCACGUGUAGCAGCCUUUUCCCCCCCUCCUCCUCCCGCUCCCUGCAGCAUCCAUACAGCUAGAAGACAAAGAAGACCCCGAGCAUGCCAGCGGAGUUUCAGCAAAUUAAUAUAUGUUCCAUAGAAGUUUAUAGUGAGAUAUUUAUUGAUGAUUUCUGUGUGAGACGGACACACAAGACUUAUUUGGUUUGUUUUUUUUUCUCUUUGUAAGGAGGGUGGGGGGUAUUAGGUAGGAGGUGGAUUUCUAUCUUACGUUCUCCUUGUUUCCUGUGUAGAAACAGCGAGUAGCUGAGGGCCUUUAUGCCAGCGUUGUAAAGAGAUUCACCGCUGAUAGACCGCCAGUCUGUAUCAUGAUUAAGACAAUCAACGUGGAUUUGAUGAAUGUGUUGAGUGAAAUGUGUAGAGUACGUUAACGGUGGCCACCCUCUGCUCUCAAACCGCCUUAUCUGAGCGCUAACUGUUAGCUUUCUGGUCCGUGACUACAUGUUAGGAAGUUGUUUUUUUUAGAUGAAUCUGGUUGUUU